AUGCGGACCCUACUGGUCAAGUUCGCAGGCCUCGCGCUCUAUAUUCACGAACUACAGUCAAGCACACUUGUACUGACCCACGCGCGUCCCAACAAAGAGCCAAGGGUACAUAAAGUAUAUAGAGAAGAUUUCGAGGAUGCCGCAGAUGAACUGGAAGCCGAAGCUCUUGGAGAAUUGGAGCCCGGUAUCGAAGCAAGUGUCGAAGGUCUAAGCCUGCGCUUGAUCAAGAACGAUGGAGUGCUCAAUAUUGCUUACGAAGGUAAGGAUGGUGAGGUCGUGGAAUGGAAAUUCCAAGGCUUGACAAGUAUGAUGGCGUCUGCGUCUACACAGACAGUAUCUGAGGCCCAAUCGAAGCUAUCCACCAGUACGAUUCGUACUGUGGCUACUGAUCCCACUCCGCAACGCAUGAUCUGGCCUUCACAAUCAGAACUCAGCGGCAUAUCGACCAUCGAAACUCGACCUAUCGAGACUCCUUUCAAGGGUGAAGAGGAAGCUCCAGCACGGGCAGCAACUGGAGCAGGAGAAAACGAACUCAAGCGCAAAGCGACCCAAGAUAUGGAGCGAGCUUUUCCACACAAACGCGCAAAAAGCUCACACAACUCCCCGCCAUGGCCCAAUCACUUAUAUAUGACAUGCUUCCGCACCCAACCUAUUUCCAAGAGCGACAUUGGAACGUUGCAUAUUGACCUUGUAGAAGGCACGGCGUGGUUCGAGGGCUGGCAUGGAAAGGAGGACACCCGAGUAUUUGAGAGGAAGCAGAUCAAUCUUCGAUGUCAUUCAACGGACUGUUCCGCUCCCGGAUGGCAGACAUGGGGUUCAGAUACAGACACCAGUCCAGGUCCUAACCCUGCUCUCACAGCCAAAGAGUGGAUCAAAGUUAGGGAAGCCGGCAUGAUAAACAACAUCCCCCGAUCCCGUCCCACGUGGACAUCAACGCACAUCUUACCUUCCAAAAUCGUCGACGCGCUUGUUCACUGCGUCGACCGAGCGUCACGACAUCAAGCUGUUCAUGACCCAGACGUUGAUCACGAGCUAGAGGAACAGUGGGAUCGAUUUGCAUCUCUUGAGGCAACAGGGCGUUUGACUACAAACGACAUGGAUAAGUGGAGGUUCACGACCGAGGAAUCAGGGAAGAGAAAGGCUCUCAAGAGAACGUUUAGGACAGUGGAGUGA